AUUUUGCCCUGCAUUUUUUGCCGCCCACCAGUCUUGAGCUUCUGUGCUAGCCAGUCUAGCCAGCCGGUAAGCAAGAGUUGUCAAAUAUACCAAACAAUCGCCUUCUCUCCCAGCAAUCGAAUUAUCCAACCAAACAAACACUCGUAUACUGUCCUUCAUCGCGGCUGCGACACAAUUUGAAGGAUGGCUGCCAACACCAUGGCCGCGCGGGGCGCGCAAAGUGUGACCGAGUCGGCCACCGAUCUCAUCGGAAAUACGCCCUUGGUGCGCCUCAACAAGAUCCCACAGUCGCUGGGGAUCAAGGCACAAGUCUAUGGCAAGUUGGAGCUUAUGAACACGGGUGGCAGCGUCAAGGACAGGAUAGCUCUGCGCAUGAUCGAGGAGGCCGAGAAGGAAGGCAGGAUCAAGCCUGGAGAUACACUGAUUGAGCCUACAAGUGGCAAUACCGGUAUCGGCCUGGCCCUUGUCGGCGCCGUCAAGGGCUACAAGACAAUCAUCACUCUUCCUGAGAAGAUGUCGGCCGAAAAGGUCUCGGUCCUCAAGGCACUCGGCGCCACCAUCAUCCGAACACCGACACAAGCAGCCUGGGACGCCCCCGAAUCACACAUCGGUGUGGCAAAGCGCCUGCUCAAGGAGAUCCCCAACUCCCACAUUCUUGACCAGUACUCGAACCCCAACAACCCGCUUGCACACGAGUACGGAACCGCAGAGGAGAUUUGGGCUCAGACCGGUGGAAAGAUCACCGCCGUGGUUGCCGGCGCUGGGACGGGCGGUACUAUCUCUGGGCUCGCAAAGGGACUGAGAAAACACUCCAAGACGGUCAAGGUCAUUGCUGCGGACCCUAUCGGCAGUAUUCUGGCCUUGCCCGAAAGCUUGAAUGAGAACGGCGUGAACGAGCCGUACAAGGUCGAGGGCAUCGGCUACGAUUUCAUUCCUCAGGUUCUGGACCGCGAAUUGGUGGACAAGUGGUACAAGACUGAAGACCGCGAGUCGUUCAUGUACGCUCGGCGUCUGAUCGCUGAGGAGGGCUUGCUCGUCGGAGGCUCAUCGGGCUCCGCAAUGGCGGCCAUGGUUCGGGCUGUCAAGGACCUGAACCUGGGCGAGGACGACGUUGUGGUUGUCAUCCUCCCAGACAGUAUCCGCAGCUACCUCUCCAAGUUUGCCGACGAUGAUUGGCUGGCUGCCAACGACCUCCUGCCCCCCACGCCCGACAGCAGCGUGGAUGGUGACAUACUGGAAAGCCCGACGGUUGCCCAAGCUCAGGCUCUGCACAAGUCUCGGACGCGGAGGGCCAGCAACCCAUACGGUGGAGCGACGGUGCGGUCGCUGCGCCUCAAGCCUGUGACAUCCGUGCUUGCCGACAGCAAGUGCUCCGAGGCCAUUGAGACGAUGCGCGACAAGGGCUUUGACCAGUUGCCCGUGGUGCGCGACAACAAACUCGUUGGACUUGUGACACUCGGAAACAUGCUGAGCUACGUUUCUCGCGGGCGCGUCAAGACCAACAGCCCCGUCAGUGACGUCAUGUUUGACUUUGGCCGGCUUGAUGAGGUUAUCACCGAUCCUCGCGAUGUUGAGGGCGCAGCAAAGAUGUCCGCGCAGGGCCGCAAGAAGCGCAACUUUGUCGAGAUCACCAUGAACACUCCCCUCGACGUGCUCAGCAAGUUCCUCGAGUGGAACAGUGCCGCUAUCGUCACUGAGAAGAGCGGCGAGGUGUCCAAGCCCGUGGCUGUCGUCACCAAGGUUGACCUUUUGACCUGGAUGAUGAAGGAGUUGAAGGCUUAGAGUGCUGGAAGCUCUGAGGUUUUAAGGGACCUUACCAAUGUGGGUGCAGCUGGUGUUUUGACUUGAUUUAAGUUGAAGUGUGUUUUAUGUUUUUUUUUCUUACCCGUCCCUACCUUUCUCUCAUACCUGAUGUUUCUUUUUUAUAAACUUUAUUAUCUAUUGCACUAGAGGGCGACAAACUUGCAACGAGACACGAUUUAACACGAAGUCAUGGAAGGUAUAUCGGCGCAUAUUGGGAGCUUGGCAGGCAUAGAUAGAUAGGCGUCUAUAGUAGACUCAACAUCUACGAGCACAAUACAAUAUGAACAGCGGCACAUGUUUGCGA